GAAGAAGCAGCGAGCGCCGCGGAUGUUGGCCGCCCCAGCGUCUGUUCCUUCUUUCUCCCGUUCACCUCUUCACCCCUCUCCCCAUUCGUGGCCUUCAUUUUCCUGGCGGCGGCGGCGCGCUUCGCCCGUCUUCGCUGGGCCCUUCGCCGUUGACGAGCGCCCACCAGGGUAAUUUUGGAGAUGGCGUUCCUGCAGAAGGUUGGCAAUCUUGUCAAGCGGUCCACGGGUGCCAGUUCGUCGCUCUACCAGGCGGUUCGAUGCAUGUCCUCCUCCAAGCUCUUCAUAGGAGGAAUCUCGUAUGGCACAGAUGAGCACAGCCUCAGGGAUGCUUUUGCAAGCUAUGGCCAAGUCAUUGAAGCUAGGAUAAUAAUGGACCGAGAAACCGGAAGAUCGAGGGGGUUUGGUUUUGUGACAUACACAUCUACGGAGGAGGCAGCCGCUGCCAUUACUGGCAUGGAUGGGAAGGAUUUGCAGGGUCGGAUAGUGAGGGUGAGUUAUGCUCAUGAUCGCGGUAGCCGUCCUGGUGGAGGCGGCUAUGGUGGUGGUGGAUAUGGAGGUGGCUAUGGUGGUGGUGGGUAUGGUGGAGGCGGUUAUGGCGGCAGUGGAGGAUACAGUGGUGGUGGAUAUAGAAGAGGUGGUGGUGGAGACUAUAGCGGAGGUGGUGGGUAUGGUGGAGGUUCAUAUGGUGGAUAUAACGAUGGUAAUGCUGGCUCAGGGUACAACACUGGUGGAGGCUAUGGUGUUUCUCAAGGUGGGCAAGGUGGGUAUGGUGUUGAUACUGGUUAUACUGGUGGCACUGGUGGAUAUAAUGAUACUCCUAGCAAUUAUGGUGGCGAUAGCUUCAAUCAAGGGAGUGGCACACCUAGUGCAUAUGGAGGUGGGAACUAUGGGGCAAGCAACGACAGCUUUGCAGACAACGCCUCCAACAAUGCGGCUGUUGGCAAACUGGAUGACUUGUUAAGUGAUCUCAAAGUUGACGGUGCUGGCGAGUCUGAGGGAGAGGUUGAGGCUGAGGACAUGAAAGCGGAAGGCCAAGAUGACUUCACCCAGGAUGAUUUGAAGGACGAAGAUGAAUCAGACAAUGCCAACAAAAGUAGUUAAACUCGGCCCCAGGCAGGAGGUGAAGAGAUUAACUGGUUAUGGGCCGCUCUCUAGGUAAAUAAAUGCAAUGCAGUGACUAUCUCCUACAUGCAUGUAAGUCUAGAGUUUCUGUCAUAGCUAUGUUCCACUCGUUGCGUGCUUUCGCUGUGUAUGCUGGACUUUUGAUGUGUCAUGAACACUUGCACAUGCUUCCGGAUGUAUGGAAUUGCACUUGUGCAGUUGUAUUGUGGAUGCAAUAUAUUGAA